AUGAAGAAAGAGAUUGCUGCUAACAACGACAACAAUUGUGAUGAAGAUAUUGAUCUUGGUGUUGAAGCAUUAAAUUCUAAAGGAAUGGAAAUUGAUGCUUUAUUACAAUUAGUUGAUUUCAAAGAGAGAAUCAAAGAAAACUUCUCCAAGGUUGAAAACUUAUCUGAUAUAAUAUCAUCUUUGUUGGUGGAUGAGGUGAGCGAGGAUGGCAUCAAAGGUUGGCAAACUGUAUGGAAAUUAAGAAACAUGGAAAAUGUACGUUUAAUUGAACAAGAAGAAGAACAAAAUGUUUUGAGUAGUGUCAUUAAUUCGGAGGCAGUGGAAACCAUAGACGAUCUUGAAGAAUAUAAUGAAGAAUAUAAGAACCUUCAUCCAACAGGAGUAUUAUUAUUACCAUUAGAAGAGGUGACAACAAUUGACCAGGAAAUGAAAGAAAAACAAAAUUUAUUUCAAUUGAAUUAUAAGAAAAUAACUGAAGAAGUUUCAACUGUAAAAGAAAAAGAAACUGGAAUGCAGAAAGAAUUCAUCUCAUCAAUCGAAGAUUUGAUUAAUUGGAUGAAUUCUCGAUUUAAUAAAAUUUUGAUUAAUCAUGAAUUAUUAAAACCAGAAUUAAAUUGGACUUCUAAUUUAUUACAGAAAAUACAAGGAAUUAGUAUUGAAAUUCAAAAGGUUGAAGUAAUGUUAGAAGGUGUUGAAGAAUCAAGGAAAAAAACUCACGAUGAAUCGACAACUUUUGCAACACGAAAUAAUAAUAGUGGUUUAUUAACAUCUUCACCUAAUUCAAGUACAGCAAAUUUCAACAAUAACAAUAACAACGGUAAUGAUACUUCUAGCACUAACCCUACCGCCACGUCAUUACACAACACUCCUGUAAUAACUAAUGUAGCAAGUAAAACUUCAUUGGCAUCUUCUGCAUCAUCAUCAUCUUCCAUGAUCGCUGAUGAAGGAAUAACUGUCACCAGUAUUGUAUUCUCUUCUUCCCUGUUAGAUGAAUGGUACACAAAAGUAGUUGCUGCCGAUGAAUUAUUAAAGCAUGAAGUAUAUGAGCAAGUUAAAGAACUAAUAAACUUCUAUCAACAUGAGAAAUUCAGAGCUCCAAUAGAUUUGGUUAAUCACGUAACAGAAAUAGUAAAUCAUGUCAUCCCUUUAUUAAGUGAUAAAAUCUAUUAUAUUCGCCAAACAUUGUCUCAAGAUAGACAUAUAGGAAGAUGGUUUGAUGGUUCAAAUGAAUCAGACAAAUGGAUAUCUGAUACUUUUAGACGAGUAAAACAAUUCGAAGUACCUGAUCUAAUAAAUAAAUAUGAUUGGACUGAUGAAAAACAAAAUAUUGAAAAUAUGAUCCAAGAUCGUCGCCGAAUAAUUUAUGGAAUAAAACAAGAUAUUUUACAAUUUGAAAAUGAACGUUUAAAAGAUUUGGAACGUAAAUCAAAUGACCUCCAUUCAAUAAUGCUAAAUCAUCAACCCUCCUCCAACUCUCCCGAUCCAGCCUCCCCUAUUGCUACCAGUGCCACUACCACCACCACCUCAUCAGUAUCAUCAAACAACUCCUCAAUCAUCAUUCAAAAUUCUCAAGAAGAUUUAUUAGUAAUAGAAUUGAUGGAAAAGCAAUUAAAAAGUCUAAAGGAAAAAUUAACAAAAUUAAAAAAAUUCAUUGAUAAUAUAUUAUUGCAAACUAAUGUUGAAAGCUUUUUAAUGAUAAUUGAUAUUUUGGAAAAUUUACAAAAUUUACGUAAUGAAAUAACUCAAAUUCGUAAAUCAAUCAUUGAACAUAAUGAUGCUAACAUGGUAAAAGAUGAUGUUAUAAAUGUUGAAGAAAAAAUAAAAAAUUUUGAAAAACAAUUACCUCAUAAAACAGAAUCAUCAGAAAAUUCCAAUGAUAAUAAUAACAAUAACACACCAACUAUGAAUACCACCACCACCACAACUAAAAAAACCAAUACUACUUCACCUGGUUUAGUAAAGGCUUUAAAAAAUAAACAUAAGAAGUUAUUAUUAACUAUACAAAAUAUUAAGAUUGCUUUGGCUGAAAACAAAUUACAAAUGGCUGCCUACUUGUCACCUUCAUCACCCUCAUCACCUACUUCUGCCAAUUCUGAAUUUGAUAAAUUAGCUAACAUAAUUGAACAAAAAUUAGAAAAUUUCUAUACAAGAUUAUCUUCUCCUCCAACAUACAUGUUGGACUGUAACACAAAUAAUAGUGGUAUUGACAAUGAUACAGAUCAUGAUUGUACAAAUGAUAAAAAUAAUGAAGAAGGAAUAGAAGAGGUGGAGCCUGAACAAGUUCAUGGUUUGACAUGUAAUGAUGAUCAUGUUGAAGAGUGGAGUGAACGUUAUAACAAGAUAGAAUCUGAAUUGAUUCUGUUUGAGAGAAGUUUAUGGGUAGAAUUCUGGUUGAAGUCUGAACCUGCUAAACGAUUACGUGGUGAAGAGGUGAUUGGUAGAAUUAAUAAGGCAGAGAAAACAUUUGCUGAUAUUAAAGAUUUGAUGAUUUUGCGCCAAAAUAAUCUACAAACGAUUAGAGAAGGCAGAAAAUUUGCAAAAAGUGCUAAUGCAAUCAGAGAUCAACUUGACAUCAUAAAGGGUAAGAUGAGGCGUCAAGAUACCAAGACUGAUGCUUCAAUACAAGAAUUAGAUGCUCAUAUGGCUGAUGCCUUGGAAAUGUUAAAUAAUCUUGAAUCAGCUUAUCAACAUUUGAUAGCUCCUGAUGUUGGAGAUGAAAGGUACCGUGAAAGAUUUGAUGAACAACUAAAUCAGUUUAAUUUGGUAGAAGCUUGGAUUAAAGAAGUAAAAAUUUGGUUCAAAGAGGCUGAACGUAUGCGUGUAUGGAUAGAUAAGCACAUUGUGGUAUUAGAAAAUUUUCCAAAGUUUGACGCUCUUCAAGAAGGUUGA